CAACCCCUCAUCUCAUCUUCAGUACCUCAUCGUUCCAAGCAGUAGUGAUGUCCAAGCCCGGCGACAAGCUCGACAAGGCCCUCCAGGCCUACGUUAAGAAGCUCAAUGAGAUGCACGAUUUCAAGAAGACAGAGAAGGCGCGACAGAUCGCCGGCUACAUUGUCUUCAUUGUGGAGUACGACUGGGCGGCCAAUGGCUCUCCCGGCCCCGCAAGUGUGCGCGGUGGCUACCAGCCCAUGUUCACUCUCAUUGCCAAUGAGGGCGACUUUGCGUAUGAGAAGGACGCUCCACCCAAGGGGGACCCGCUCAUCGGGCUGCGCGCGAAAGAAGACGACCUGAUCAGCUUCAUCUCCAACAACAACACUUGGGCGACGCAGAACUUCAAGAAGUGGGAUGGUUUCGGCGUGGUGGGCCAAGCCGAGAUUGGAUGGGCCAUCGACGAGCUUGCCUGGGCAACGUACCAGAUCGACGGGGACAAGGGGAUCAAGGACCAGGUAGAUGCUCUCCCUCUGGAGCAGAGCUUCGACGACUUCUAUCAAAUCUACUUCGCCAUCCGCAAGAUCAAGAACGGCAGUGAGGCGGGCAAGAAGGAGUUCCUCGCGCCUUUCAAGGCGGAUGACAUCUACGACUUUGCGGUGCAAGGCACCGAUGUCGACCCCUCUCGUCUGCGCAUCAACCUCAAGGACUGGUCAGUCACCAUCAACCCUCCGAGGGACGACAAGGCCACGCUCACCUUCCUCACCGAUGACGCAACCUUCCAUGAGGUGUUCAUCAGCAACAAGAAGAACCUUGUCUCCGACGAGAAGUUCAAGGCCAAGAAGAUCACUGCCCACCCGGCCCCGAAGGACAAGGCCGCCGCCGACUGGGCGCAGUUUGUCUACAAGCACCUUGACAAGGAGUUUGAGUACUACAAGGGCUCCACUUAGUUUUGUGAGGCCGUGCCCGGUCAGUGUUUGAGAUCUUGAAUGGUCAGAAGGUAUACAACAAUGAACAAUGGCUGGUUUCAGA